AUGGACGUCCACCAGCAAACAGACAGAUUUAUUGUGGGCAUGUCCAACAGACAGAUCCACGUGUAUGACUUCCGAAAACUGGACCGGCCGGUGAGCAGCAUGGAAAACGGGUUUCGGUUCCAGACGAGCAAGGUCAGAUUUCUGCCGAACGGCCGCGGGUUUCUGCAAAGCUCGAUCGAGGGCAAGGUCUCGCUGGAUCUCUUCGAGGACGCAGAAAAUAAUUAUGCAUUUAAAUGCCACCGUCAGAAGCUUGUGAUCGAGAACGAAAGCGUUGAUCUUGUGAACCCGGUGAAUUGUCUGGAAUUUUUCGACACCGAGUCGCGUUUCUUCACAGCAGGAUCCGAUAGGUCGAUCUGUCUGUGGGACUACAAAACCAAAAAAAGAGUCAAGCAGUACGCCAACUUCGAAAUGAGUAUAGUCGCUUUGGCGUACAACCAGGACAACCACCAGCUCGCCAUAGCCAUGAGCGACGACUCGUACAAGAACAUGACCGGACUGGACGACCAAACAAACAACAAGCCCGCCAUACCGUCGAAGAUUACAACCCGAAACAUGCAUUCAUAA